AUGUCUGAGCCACAAGUCAACGUCACACUUUCCGCGAACCGCUAUGGCAAGGACAAAGUCCGGGUUCUGCGCGUUAUCCGCCCUUCGACGCCUGGAGGAAAGCAAAUUGUACUCGAGUACACCGUGCGUCUAAUGAUCGAAGGCGAUUUCGCCACCAGCUAUACACAAGCAGACAACUCUAUGGUUGUACCUACGGAUACAAUGAAGAACACUGUCUACGUGUUUGCCAAAACGUCUCCUCAUGUCGCCACGCCGGAGCUAUUCGGUUUACACCUGGCGAGCCAUAUGGUGACAAAGUAUCCGCAUGUCACCAAGGCGUUUGUGGACAUUGACUCGCUCAAGUGGUCGAGAAUCCCGGUUCAGGGCGUCGAACACAAGCACUCGUUUGUACGGGACGGAGAAGAGAGAAGGACAACGAGCGUCGAAGUGGAUGGUACACAGGGCAAGGACAAGCUCGUGGGCAAAGUGACGAGCGGAAUCCAGGAUCUACUUGUCCUCAAGUCGUCUGGUUCGGCAUUUGAAAACUUUCACCAGGACGAGUACACGACCCUUAUCCCGGUGUCUGAUCGCAUCUUCUCGACUUCUGUGGAUCUGAAUUACACCUUUGAAUUGCCAGCAUUGGCUUUCGGAUCAGUCGACAAAUUAGAGGCUGUCGAUAUCGAAGCCCAAUUCAACCGGGUCGCGGCAAGUGCAAAGGAGACGACACUCGAGGUGUUUGCAGUGGAUGAGAGCGCAAGCGCGACGCUAUACAAGAUGGCGACGGACAUUAUCCGCAAGAACCCCAGCGUGGGCACGGUGAGCUACAAGCUCCCGAAUAAGCACUAUAUCCGUGAGUCGAGCUCGUCCGCGCGCUCCGUCCGAUUGGCAAAGGAGAGGGCGACGUAUCCCACGGGGACGGGGCCUGUCGACCUGUCGUACAUGAAGCUCGAUAAUCUCAAGCCGGCGGAUGCAGAGGUGUUUUGCCCCGUCGCGGCGCCGAGUGGGUAUAUCACGGCGACGGUUUCGCGCGCAUGA